AUGGAGCAGAGUACAAAUAGGAUCUCACCAAUUGCCAUAAUAGGCGUUGGCUGCCGAUUUCCGGGAGAUGCAACGAGUCCCCAGGCAUUUUGGCAGAUGCUGGUGGAAGGAAGAAGUGCCAGAGGCCCAGUUCCCAAGUCCCGAUACAAUGUAGAUGCCUAUUAUCACCCGGACCAAAACAGAGCCGGCACGACUGUAGCUCGAGAGGCCAAUUUUCUGUCAGAGGAUGUGACAUGUUUCGAUGCCCCAUUUUUCCAAAUCAGUCCUAUGGAAGCCAACUCGAUGGAUCCACAGCAAAGGAUCUUGUUGGAAGUGACUUAUGAAGCUUUUGAGAAUGCUGGCGUACAGGUGCAAAAUAUUCAGGGUUCUAACACAUCUUGUUUUAUUGGAGCCUUUACCACCGAUUUCCGAGACAAUAUGGUGCAGGAUGCACAGUCAACCACUGAGUACAGCGGCGCCGGAUGCUCCAAUGCACUGGCCUCAAACAGAAUUUCUUGGUUCUAUGACCUUCAAGGGCCCAGCAUGACUAUUGAUACCGCAUGUUCGUCUAGCUUGACUGCCCUUCACCUAGCGUGCCAAAGCCUAGGGUCUGGGGAAAGUGACAUUGGUAUCGUUGGAGGAACUAGUCUCAUGCUAGGACCUAGCAGUGCAACAACAAUGAGCGCGGCGCAUCUCCUAUCGCCGGAUGGCAUUUCGUAUGUCUUCGACCAUCGUGCAAAUGGUUACUCUCGCGGUGAAGGAGUGGGUGUUGUGAUCCUCAAAACACUGAGCAUGGCCCUCCGAGACGGCGAUAACAUUCGCGCUGUAAUUCGCGCCACUGGUAUCAAUCAAGACGGACACACUGCAGGAGUAUCUCACCCUAGUAGUGCCGCUCAAGAAGCAUUGAUACGCUCUACAUAUCGCAGAGCUGGACUCGAUAUGUCGCAAACGGGGUAUGUGGAAGCCCAUGGAACUGGCACACAGCGAGGAGAUCCAAUCGAAAUGAAGGCAAUCGUUGGUGCUUUCGGUGGCGAUCAAUCAGAGGUGCUGUAUGUUGGCUCAGUGAAGUCAAAUGUUGGCCAUUUAGAAGCCGCAGCUGGCAUGGCCAGUAUAAUCAAAUGCAUCCAUAUCGUCGAGACUGGUAUGAUACCACCAAACCUUGGAUUUAAGAAGCUCAAUCCAGGGAUUGCCUUACCAGACAAUAUUGCAGUUCCAACGAAACUUCAUUCUUGGCCCUCAAAAAAAAGCCGACGGGUCAGCAUCAACUCGUUUGGCUUUGGUGGCUCCAACGCCCAUGUCAUUCUUGAGGGAGCCAUCGAUUUCUUACAUGAUCAUGGCUUGAUGGCGUAUUACUUUGGAGACAAAGUCCCAAACUCUGGGCUGUCCUGUCAAGACAUGGCGCUUUGCCGGCGGCAGGAAACCGAAAAUGAACCCCGAAGUGAAAUCCACCACCGAUGGCUAUUUCCACUCUCAUCUCGCGAUGCUGACGGGGUAGCAAGAUAUGCUGCUCAACUUUCGCAUUACGUGCAGAUGAAGAUCAGCACUACCAAUACCCAGGAAACAGCCGUGUUCCUCGAUGAAAUAGCAGGCACUUUGUCGAGGCGCACGGUUCACCCGUGGAAAUCUUUCGCGAUGGCCUCAACGGCAGAUGAAUUAAUUCGUUCUUUGCGAGACAUCCCCGCGACAGUCAGAUCAUCCCGAGCCACGCCUGUUGUAUAUGUGUUUACUGGACAAGGUGCGCAGUGGUGGGCUAUGGGUCGGGAGCUAUGCUUGUACCCCGUUUACCAGGAGAGCAUGCGUAUCAGCAAUCAAUAUAUGCAGCAAUGCGGCACAUCAUAUGACCUGGAAGCGGAGAUGGCAAGGUCCGAAACAGAGUCAAAGCUUCAGGAUCCACGUCUUGCGCAACCUGCUUGUACUGCUCUUCAGAUUGCUCUUGUAGAUGUUCUUUCUUCUUUCGGUAUUGAGCCAAUUGCAGUGAUAGGUCACUCCAGUGGAGAAAUUGCCGCGGCGUAUGCUGCAGGUGCAAUCUCACAAGAGUACGCCAUGCGCAUUGCGUGGUAUAGAGGCCACUACGCUUCUUCGCUGCAAGGAACAGAACGCCAAGGCGCCAUGAUUGCUGUCAAUGCGAGUGAGAGCAAAGUGAGUGAGUAUUUGCAGAGACUCAAGAGCGGAGAGGCUGUGGUAGCUUGCAUCAACAGUCCAACAAAUUGUACCGUGUCUGGAGAUGAGAGUGCGGUGGUGGAACUGCAAAAGAUCUUACAGGAGGAGAACCUGCUUGGCACACGUCUCAAGAUUGACGUGGCGUACCACUCACCGCAUAUGAAAGACAUUGCUGAACAAUACACGAGCUCUAUUGGGGCCCCCAUCCAUCUAGCUCAGAGGUCGAAGAGCCAAGUCCCAAUGAUCUCAUCUUUGACCGGCGAUUUCGUUUCACCUGACGCGCUUGACGCGUCUUACUGGACACAGAACCUGCUUUCACCAGUCCAGUUCUGGAGUUCGAUGGAGCGCUUGUUGAAGUAUCUCAAAAAGAGUGGAGAAAGAGGUGUUUCGGCAAGGAUUGUGGAAGUUGGCCCGCACCCUUCUCUGCGUACUCCGGUUACAGAAUCGCUCGUCGCUAUCUCUGGAGAGGAUGACUUUCAGUACUCCUACUUGCUCCGCCGCAAGUUUCCUGCUGAUGCCACGCUUUUAAACGCACUCGGGGAACUUUACCAGUCUGGGUGCCGUCUCAGGUUCGAAACAUUCAACCAAGUCCAAGAACAACUUCCAAGGCUACUAGAUCUCCCUGGCUACGCUUGGAACCACUCACAGAGCUACGGGCCAACAUCACUUCUUAUCAAUGACUACAAAUAUCCGAAGCAUGCUCGUCAUGAUCUCGUAGGCUCUCUGGUACCAGGAUCUGGUGGUUCAUGCUGGCGCAAUGUGCUAAAAGUAAAGGAAAGCCCCUGGAUGGCUGAGCACGUGAUUGAUUCAAGUAUCAUUUACCCAGCCUCUGGCUACGUGACAAUGGCAAUUGAAGCAGCACGCCAGAGACAGUCAGGUUGCAAAGCACCUGUGGCAUACGAGUUGAGCGAUGUUACAUUUUUAAAGGCACUGCAUAUCCCAGAUUCCAGCUCUGCCCUGCCCAUAUUGCUAGAGCUACAUCCUGUGCUCUCUGGCACCAACGAUGAUUUUUCGUCACCUGUGGAGUUCCGGAUCUCCUCAGAAUACGAGACGGAUGACGAAAAACAAGUUCAUUGCAAGGGCUGGAUUCAGGCUAUCUUUGCCGAAUCUGAGUCUCAGAAAACCCAGCAGUUUCACUGUGAUUUUGCUGCUGUUCAGACUGAAUGCAUUACACCAGCUCAAUCUUUCUAUGACGCCCUUCAAGACGGAGGACUGCACUAUGGAUCCAGUUUUCAGAAUUUGACAGACUUAUGUGCCAAUGAUGGGCACGCUGGAGCACAUCUGCAAAUUCCAAAUACCGCAAAGCUAAUGCCUUCACAAUUCGAGUCUAACCAUCUAAUCCAUCCUAUUACUCUCGAUUGUAUUUUUCAGCUUGGCAUCGUUGCAGUGACGGGCACGUCUGACUCGACAUGCCUGCCAUUGGUACCCAAGUCCAUUCGUCGAAUCUACGUCACAGCAUCUCAUGAUCUCAGGAAAUCUGGAAGUCAGCUAGAUGCAUGCUCUAGCAGUCAACGUGUCGAUUCAAAAUGCUGGGAGACUUCGAUUCAUGCCGCGACUGCGGGUGACAUGACAUUAGCAGUGAUGGUGGAAGGGCUGAAGUUUCUACAAUUGCCUGGAGCGAAGGCAAACCACCGUGGGAAAGACCACCACCAGCUGUGUUUUGAGCUCAAAUGGAUUCCAGAUAUCGAUUUUCUAUCGAUUGCCAAGAUCCAGAGCCAUAUCUUUCAAUCUGGCUUAGAGAAUCUCGAAGACGAGAACCUGGUCUUAUACCUGGAACAGUAUUUGGAUCUAUACCUUCCUAACGUUUUAGAGAAAUGGGUUACCGUAUGUGAUGGAGCUGGUGCUAAGGGUCAUCAUUUCUUGUGGCUGGAGUGGCUGAUGCGGCGUGUAGCCUGCAUAGACAUCAAGUCUUACCCAGAAAGAACUGAGCUUGAGCUGGAGCUUGAGCUGCGAAAAACAUCAGUUGGCUCUGUCUGGCUCGGCGUCACAAAGCGCAUUGGGGAUAACUUUACAGAAAUCAUGAAAGGCGAAGUCGAACCGCUUCAGUUACUGUUGCAAGGAGACCUACUCUUCUCUCUAUAUCGCGAUGGAUUUGGAACUAGUUGUAAUGACAACAUUGCAAAAUACAUAAGCCUCAUCGCUGCUAAGAACCCCAACCUAGCGAUUCUGGAGAUAGGAGCAGGCACAGGAGGCACGACAAGCUACAUUCUGCGAGACCUUGAGCAAAGAGUAUCCGGAUAUACGUUCACAGAUAUCUCUUCGGGCUUCCUUGGAGCUGCCGCCGACAAGUUUGCCUCUCACGCCUCGAUCAUGGACUUCCGAACUUUAAAUAUCGAGCAAGACCCCAUAGCUCAAGGCUUUCAAGCUGAGAGCUUUGACUUGAUCGUCGCUGCAAAUGUACUGCAUGCAACCAGCAAGAUGCGCAAGACCAUCGCCAAUGUCCACAGGUUACUCCGGCCCGGAGGUAAGCUACUGCUUCUAGAACUUACAUCAAAUCAUGGAGCGGUAUCCCUAGUAAUGGGAAGUCUGCCAGGGUGGUGGCUUGGUGAAGACGACGGACGCAAGGGAGGACCAUUGCUGAGUGAGGACCGGUGGGACAGGCUCUUAAAGGACACCGGUUUUAGUGGAGUAGAUUUAGGAAUGCGCGGGAGCUCGUCUUCAUCGUCAAGCCCAGUUAGCUUCAUGGUAUCAACGAAGCAAACUGGACAAUUGAGCGACACAGAGACUCCGAGAUUUACUAUUGUGACAACUGAAAAGAAUACUGACAGUACUACUUGCAAGGAUCUUUACCAAUAUUUAUCACGACGUGGAGUACACAGCUGCAUUCAACCUAUAGGUACCCCUAUACCUCAAGGCAAUUUUUGCAUCAGUCUGCUAGAAGACCAGGAGCCUAUGUUAUGUGAUAUUACGGGCGAAAAUUUUGGUUUCCUGCAGGCCUUGAUCAAUCAGUCGUCUGGAAUGCUGUGGGUUACUCGAGGGGCAAUGGUAGAAUGUGCAUCGCCGCAUCGCAGUCUCAUCCUGGGUCUCGCACGAUCAGUACGAAACGAGAAGAGCGGUUAUUCACUGGGUGUUCUUGAUUUGGACCUGUCUGGUGAAGGACCUCGGAUAUCAAAAGCAAUCACUGAUGUUGCUUUGAAGCUCACUCUCCUACCAGAUGGAGAUUACGAAUAUGCACUGCGUGAUGGGCAAAUUUUGGUGCCACGCGUGUCACCCUGUAUGGCUUUGAGCCAGUCAGUCGCUGAGAUAGCAUGGAAAGCAAGAGACGAGAAACAAUCUUUGACGCAGCAAAACGGAAUAACUUCCGUAAGCACCAACUCGGACGAAGCUUUGCAAAUUGACUCUUCUCCUUGUGGAGAGAAACCAGCCCUAGCUGGAACAUACAUGGUUGCUGGUCUGGGUGGUCUUGGUCGUGAUAUAGGCUGGUGGCUUGCACAACAAGGAGCCCAAAAUUUGGUCUUCAUUUCCCGAUCUGCAGCAUCCUCUCCGGACAAUCUCGCCUGGAUCACCAACCUCAAUAAGGCAUUUGAUGUAAGAGCGAUGGCAUUUGACUGUGAUAUUGCCGACAGAGAUUCGCUCCAAGACGUCUUGGAUCGGUGUUCAGAAACUUUGCCGCCUAUCAAGGGCCUCAUCACCGGAGCGAUGGUCCUCCAAGAUGCGCUAUUUGAGACAAUGUCUUCGGCAGCCUUUAACGCCGCCGUUCGUCCAAAGGUUGACGGAACGUGGAAUCUUCACGAAUUGCUCCCUGCUGACCUAGACUUCUUUGUCAUGCUCUCGUCAAUCAUCGGAGUCGCCGGUCUUCGGAGCCAGGCCAACUACAAUGCCGGAAACGGUUUUCAAGAUGCAUUAGCGCACUAUCGGGUAAACAACGGUAUGCGCGCAACAUCUAUAGACCUUGGUUAUAUUCCUGGAGUUGGAUUCGUCACCAAGAAUGACGAUUUCAUUCGGACAUUCAAAUUGAUUGGGAUCCAAGCAAUUGAGUCAGACGAGGUCCAUGCACUAGUCUCAGCAGCCAUGCAAAAUCCCUUUACCAACACCCUCCUACCGCCACAGAUUAUUACCUGUCUUCCUUCGGUUAGGACAGAGUUGCAAUACUGGAUGGACGACGCGAGAUUCUCGCUACUAAAAACAUCUCGGGGAGCUGUUGUUGAAGCAGCACCGGCCGUUGAGUCUUUCCAGAGUCAACUGAGCACUGUUCAAGAUGUUGAAGGCAUGAUGGAAUUUUUGGAGCAGGCUCUGAUCAAAAAGAUUGCCCGUCUCAUGAUGAUUGCACCACAAGACGUGGAAGCAGGCAAAUCCUUAAGUGCACAUGGCGUAGACUCGCUCAUCGCGGUGGAGGUCAGAAAUUGGAUUUCAGCUGAAUUGAAUCUGGAGAUAUCGAUCUUCGAAAUCACAGGCAGCAUUUCCAUUGCUAACAUGGCAAAAUCCCUGGCGGAGAAAUCCGGAAUUAUGAAGGCUACACUAUAA